AUGACCGUCCGUGAAGAAACCCCCUUGCUGCAUGCCCGCCCCAAGGACAAGCAGAAUACCAAGGUCGGUCGUGUACGCGACAAACUCGCCGUGUACGGUUCAUUUCUCGGUGUAUUCCUCGCAUCUGCAGACGAAGCCAUCGUUUUGUCCACAUGGAGUGUGAUCGCCUCGGAAUUUCACUCUCUGUCGCAGGGAUCGUGGCUGUUAGCUGCGUAUAGCUUUGGGUGGUGCGUGUCACUGCCGGUGUAUGGUACGCUAUGCAAUCUAUACGGCCGAAAGAAUGUUCUUAUAAGUGCUUAUGCACUUUUUGCAGCGGGAUGUCUGGCUUGCGGGACCAGCACGUCCAUCGGUCAGCUGGUGUUGGCACGAGUGCUCACUGGAGUAAGUGCAGGAGGAAUAGUUUCACUGGUAUCGGUCAUCCUUACUGACAUGGUCCCUGCCGACGAGGUAGCCCUGCUCCGAAGCUACGCCAAUGUGUUUAAUGUUGUAGGUCGUAGUGUAGGUGCUCCAUUGGGAGGCUAUCUUAUCAGUUAUGUGGGAUGGAGAUGGUCAUUCAUCGGUCAAUUGCCCGUGGCGAUCAUCUGUCUACUAAUUGGGCUAUAUGGGCUUCCGUCAUCAUUAAACCCAACCAAGACUGGAGAUGCAGAUGAAGGGAAUGCUCGGCGCAGCAUCGCGGGACUUGACUUUGCCGGUCUUGUGAGCUUGUCUAUCACCACUAUUCUUCUACUCUUCUUGAUGCAGGAGUUGGGCGCCCCGCCAGAUAGCUUCCAAAUCCCGCUCUCGAUCCUCGUCCCGGCCUUUUGCACUGCAGCAAUGUUGUUCCUCGUGAUAGAAGCAUACUGGGCUCGAACUCCACUGAUUCCUCUACACCUCAUGAAGACCUCGCUGGGUGGGUUUUGCCUAAACCAGAUAAUGUUGAUGUCGGGCCGUUCGGGACUUAUGAGUAACUUGGCGCCAUACCUGAUUCGGGUUAAGGGUGCAACAAGCUCAUUGGCUGCGUCAGCCUUCGUGUUGGCUGCAGUUGGGGUGUCGAUUGGAGCAUUGAUCGCAGGAAAGGUUAUUAAAAGAUCGAAACGAUACCGAACCAUGACUGUCAUCGCUGUCUGUGGUACCAUCAUGACCUACUUGCUCAUUUUCAUUCGCUGGCGAAGUGGCUGCUACCUUUGGGAAGUAGUGUAUUUGUUGCCGAAUGGUGUAGCUGUUGGCAUCCUUUUCACGACACAGUUCCUUGGCAUGUCGCUGGGCGUGCCGAACGAGAGCCUCACCACUUGCAUCACUACAUAUUACCUUACCCAGCAGUUGGGUAGUAUCAUUGGACCGGCGGCGAAUGUGGCCGUUGUGCAACGUGUGUUUAUCGGGAAGUUGGAGAAUAAUCUAAAUGGGUGGGAGGAGAAAAAGUUUAUCGGUCAAAUUCUCAACGAUGACAGAUUUUCUCGGAGCUUGCCAUCUGCAGUUCAGUAUAUUGUUCGGUGGAGCUAUUUGAACGCAUUCCAAUUGGUGCCAUUAAUCUCUGCCGCAUGUGCAUUACUUAUGCUGCCUACUGUGCUAUGGGUGAAGGAGGAGAAACUGGAAUAA